GACAGUUGUUUUCUGAAGAUUCGGUGUUGGAGAUAGUUAUUUUACAAGUUUACAUUAUUUGUGAACUAACUAUUAUUAAAUAAUGUUCCGUAAUCAAUAUGACAGCGAUGUUACAGUUUGGAGUCCACAAGGACGCUUACAUCAAGUAGAAUAUGCAAUGGAAGCUGUAAAAUUAGGGUCAGCCACUGUAGGACUUAAAAAUAAAACUCAUGCUGCCCUCAUUGCACUCAAAAGAGCUUCUUCUGAGCUUUCUGCAUAUCAGAAGAAAAUAUUCCCUAUAGAUAAACAUAUGGGAAUCUCUAUUUCAGGUUUAACUGCUGAUGCCAGAAUGUUAAGCCGAUAUAUGCGAACUGAAUGUUUGAACUAUAAGUAUUCUCAUGAUGAUGUAUUACCUGUAAGUCGUCUACUUGCAUCAUUGGGAAAUAAAUUGCAAACUUGUACUCAAAGAUAUGACAGAAGACCAUAUGGUGUAGGUUUACUUAUUGCUGGAUAUGAUGAUCAAGGGCCACAUAUUUAUCAAACAUGUCCUUCAUCAAAUUAUUUUGAUUGUAAAGCAAUGGCUAUUGGUGCACGUUCUCAGAGUGCUCGAACUUACUUAGAGAAACAUCUUAAUGAAUUUUCAUCAUGUGAUCUUGAUGAACUGAUAAAACAUGGUCUUCUUGCAUUAAGAGAUACAUUACCUAAUGAAGUAGACUUAUCUGUUAAGAAUUUUGAUGAAGAUACAAUAUCUGUUUACUUAUCUCAAAUCGAAGAUGACAAACGUGGUAAACCUACUGAACCAGAUGUAGAACAAGAUUCUAAACCUCCACAACCUCCACCUUCUGAUGAAGGUCCACAAGACCCACAAGUUGCAGUUGCAAUGGAAACAGAUUAA